UGUGUGUGUGUGUGUGUGUAUUUCGUCCUAUAUAAGAGCGCUCAGCAUCCGGAAGGUUAUAGUUUCCCCAGAUUUAGCCGCCAUGAAGACUGUGGAAGGACUGGUGGUGGUGGUGGUGGCGCUGGUGGUGCUGGUGGCGCAGGGCGCGGCGGCACAGUCCUGCUUACCAGACUGCAACGGGAAAGAGUUUGGGGACCAGGUGACGGACCCUUUAGAAUGCCACAACUACUAUCUGUGUUUUGGCAACAACGUCGUCUCAGACCACUCCGUGCCAUGUGAAAAUGGGACGUACUUCAAUGAGACCGAGGGGGGAUGUAUUGCCGAGACGGAUUCCUGCACUAAUGCAUGCGGUGGGGGUUCAGGUGGCCUAGGCUGCAAGCUGACCUGUAACCGAACCAGCAGCGGAGAGCUGGAGCUCAUAUCAGACAUUGACUGCUCCAAGUACUACAUCUGUCUGGCAGGGGGAGUGUCGCCACCCAUCGUUUGCCCUUCUGAUCACCCCUACUUCGACGGCGCGAAGUGUGGGGACGACCCCUCGUCAUGCUGCACCAGGAUAUGUGAACCGUACUGCCCCGGCCCUAGCGCCAUCGUCCCUGACCCCAAGGACUGCAAGCGGUUCUACUUCUGCAGUGAAGAGGGGACCCCAGACGAGGACUUUGCAUUUAAAUGUCCCGAUGGCAAGAAUUUCAACCUGCAGCUUGGAGAGUGCACGAGCGACGCGGAGUGUGUCAUUAUCUGCAGCAACAACUCCUCUGCCACCACACUGCCAGGCAAGGCCACCACCACCUCAUCCUCCUCCACCUGCACGGACUCCCUCACCUGCCCCGGCAAGGGCUACUUCCCAGCCUGCCCCUACUGCGACCCGCGGUACCUGGCCUGCGGCAGUGCGGGGGAGCAGGCCACCCUCAGCAUGUGCCCCGGAGAAUUGCUGUUUCACCCCACUCUGCAUCUGUGUGUGCAGCCUGAGAACUGCUCCUAAACUGCUGCGUCACUGUGCUGUGCUGCCCUCGCCUCGCACCACCUAACCUGACCUUGCCUGACCUAACCUAGCCUAACUUAACCUUACCUAAUCUUACUGAACUUAGCAUAAUCUUCCUUUCAUCUUUUUUCCUCUUCCUCCUCCUCCUCCUCCUCCUCCUCCUCCUCUAACUUAAAAGAAAAAAAGAAACCUACUUUCUUAUGUAUACUACUACUACUACUACUACUACUACUACUACUACUGAUGAUGAUGAUAAUAAUAAUAAUGUAAGAAAAGAUAUGGGGAAAGAAAGAGAAAACAAGUAAUAUUUUUUUUUGUCUGAUUAUAUAAAUACGUAAGAUUUAUAUAUGUAAUUGAAUAUGUAAUUAAGCCGUGAACAAAUGAAAUGCUUGUAAUGGAAGUAACUGUUUGUGGUGAAGAAAUGCACUGUGAAUAAACUGGUCACUACAAAUACAUGGAAUUAUUCAUGAUGCAGAAGCCAAAGGAAGAUAUACAGACAUUCAUAUAUUCAUUUUAUUCAUCUGUAUGUAUGUAUGUAUGUAUGUAUUUGUGUAUAACCCCCACAGUGUAUACUUAGAUGUAUGACUUAUGAAUACACCAGAAAAUGUGUCAAA